AUGUGAGUGGGGCUCUUGUUUUUAGCAUUUUUUGUUCAGUGUUUCCACAAUUUAGAAUAUUUUGAACGUUGCUAAAACCCCCAAGUUCUAAGUGUUCCCAUGUUUACGUGCACAAAGCGUGCGUUUAUGCCCCAGGAUUUGUUUUAUUCUGUGCAACACGUUUUCGGAGGUAGUGUGUAUCACUGAUAGUUUAUCAUUGUUUGGAGCAUUUAAAACUGGUAUCUGCCUGUUGUUUUAAUUUUCUCCUUCACAAUAUUGUUAUGAUUGCUCACUCUAUUUUUGUUAACCGCAAAAGUUAAGUCUAAAUGUGAUGUAUCAAAUUGAGUACUGUAAAUACAGCUUGUGUUGUGAUUUUUUUUCAAAGGAAAAUAAAUUAGUUACUUAAUGUGUUACUCCUGCACUAGGUUUGGAGUUUUGUUGAAGAAAUCUUUCAUCGAGGUUUUAAAGGGCAGGUCACAGAGGUCAUGGACUAAUUGGUGGUGGUGGGUGGAGAUAAUUGUUAGAUAUUAAAAAAUGGAUCAGAGACAUGUAGUCCUGCAGGACAUAUGAGUUGCUAUCGGGAGCACCACGAGGUAGUAGCGAGCAUUUGCCCGUUUAUGACCUCUGAAGACAUGCAUGAGGCUAGCAGCAGAAGUGAGCGUGAUGAAAGGUGUGAUCUGGAUAACAUGUCGUCUUUGAGAUGUCCAGCCGCUUUAAUGAAGAGACACAGUUACAAUGACCGACAGAAGGAAACGGCGUGUCUUCAGCUCAGUCUGUUUGAAAUGAUGAGCUCCCACGUGCACUCUCCAAGCAGAGGGGUGCAUGAGGACUGCAUGGGAAUUCUCAGAGUGCUACUGGAGGAAAUGGACCUUGUGUCACAACUAAUUUCUUUGUUUGGGGACCAGGACAAGUUAUUAUUCCACUUGGCUGUGAAAUGUGUGUCUUCACUUGUGAUCUUUCAGAUUACCAUCACUCUGGGGAGCCAAGCCUGGGUCGUCUACACGUGGAAUUGUUGGGUACCUAAACUUGUCACCCUAACCCAAAGACCAGAGCAUCCAAGAUUGGCAACUCAAACCAGUGAGCUUCUGAUUAUAGGACUCCUCCUGUUCUUCACUCAAACCAGACACGUCUGGCAGAAGAUGUGUUUCCAGGCAUUCAGAGAGCGUCCCGACAGCAGUGCGAUGAAUGGAUGUUUAUGGUCUCUUACAGCUGUGGUAAAAGGAGUUUUUAAAGGAACAUUUCAAUGUAAAACAGAAAUCUUGGAGAGUCUUUUCACCUCAUUUGACCCUGCAUUUAAUGCCUUGUAUGCUACCAUGUUUUCACUAUCUCCGAGUGGUAUGAGUCAAGAGCCUUUAACAUACACCAAAGAAGGAGAUAAUGUCACAACCAAUCUAGUCUCUUUCAUUGAUUUACUUGUUGCUGCCAGAACAAAACUGAGGAUCUGUUUCCCUGUUCAGAGACUCUUGUUCCAACAGGAUGUCUUGGCUUUACGGAUGGUUGCCUCCCCUGUUCAGUAUUUAGUGACAAAGAAACUGCUUGCCCUUUUUAAAAGGUGCCUGCUCAAGAAAGCUGGUGAAGAUUUCUUUAAAGGAGAGGUGGACUCCUCCCUAAAACAUGAUGGCAAUUUGAAAAGUGACAUGUUAGCCCUGGCGAAUGGUGUGCUGCAAUCUGUACAUGCAGGUUGGCUUCAAGAUAUUCCAGUGAGUCCGAAACCCUGCUUUUUUGGAGGCACAGAGGUGCUAGGUAACAGUGAUGUAGAAGGCGGACCCGAUUUGGUGAUGCUAAGAGCGGCAAGCCUCAUUUUAAUAAAGUCAUUGGAAUAUAAAGUCAAGAAUUCAAAUACAGAAGAAGGUGUCGCUGAUUUACUGAGCUAUCUGUGUCUUCUGAAGCUUUUCCUGAAGAAGCAUCUCAAAUCUGCUUCAGUGUCCCAGCAUCUCCUACACCCCUGCGCUUGGGUCUCUGUGAUAUUCAUGGAGCAGGAUGAUGAUAUGAUAGAGGCAGCAAAGGCAUUGCUGAUAUUGCAUCUGCAUUUUAGAAGAUUGAGUGGUAUCAUCAGUGAUGGCGUUGACAGUACAGGAAGCUUGACCCAGCUGACCCAUGAAAACGGCUGUAACCCGCACUGCAUGUUCUUCUUAUUCCUCAGCAGUGUAGCGUUUGACCACACUGUCCUCCUCGACUUCCUGAUUUCCACUGAGACGUGCUUCCUGGAAUACUUUGUCAAGUAUCUAAAACUUGUCAGGGAAGACUGGGAGCACUUCUGCACUGCCUGCCAUUGCUGUGAUUCGGUCUCGUCAGAGACGGGUGAACAGAAUGCAGCUUGUAGUGAGAAUGCAUGUGGAUCCAAGACUAUCAGUCAAGAUGAUCAAGCGUGCAGGCAGCUGGUGUUCCCUGUAGCAGAAAAUAAUGUUCUUGAAUCUGAAUCGCCUGAGAGCCAAACCAAGUGUAAUGUAAAAUAUUCGGAUGGUCCCUUGGUAGAUUAUGGGAGCUCGGAUGAGUCUGGAUCCGACCUGGUGGAACCAGUUUGCUUAGCAACUGGCAAGCAGUGUUCUGAAGGCCUGCAAGACGACAGUUUUAAGAUAGGGAACUCUGUUUGUCAAAGUGGAAAUAAGGACCAGACCUUAUCUAAGCAUUGUCAAGUCACAGGGGAUCAGGGAAUGCUGAUGCAUUCAUCUCUUCGGGACAAUAUGUUGUAUGACAGUCUGACGUCUUCUGGUGGGAUGUUUAACAAAUCCAUCAUGUGUCUGAUGGGACUGAGAAAGGCUGUAACCAGAUUGCAAAGAAGAAAUCUGUUUCCUUACACUCCAACAGCACUUCUGAAACUCUUGAUACAAAUUGAGACAAAGAGUGGUUUGACUGAUGACCGGUUGUGAGAAAUCUGGAAGUAAUCAAAGAAAGAGUGUCUAAGAAUCUACGGGAGGUUGCGUGGUUCUACCACCUACACAGGAAGAGUAAUAUGUCUUCCUAAACAUGCUUGCAAUGCAUCAUGUAACUUAAGCACAAAGGAAAUUCAGAAGCUACAGUCUCCUUUUGUAUUUGAUUUAAAACCAAAAUAAAAAAUCCAUGCUUUCUCAUUAA